GAGGUGAUGGGAUGGAAUGAGCGCAUGAUGAUUGGUGACUGGUCUUGAGAACGCGAGUCAGGUGCACAGGCUGGCGGGGUGCAUGGCGGUGCUACUAUCAGUGCCAUGCCCGGAAAGCCAAUCCUUGUCGUACGAGAAAGAGGAGUGGAGGUGUGCGCAUAUAUUUAUGCGCGUGCGUGCGUGUUGUCCGCGUCUGUCCUGCACUCACACUCCUGCACUCCUGCUGCACUUGAUUGCGAGUUGCGACUCUUGCGACUUGCAGGCAGGCGCAGAGAUCCCAUCGUGCAUUCACUCGACUGCUUCUUCUUCACGCGACCCGCAUCAGCACAAGCACGAGCAUCAGCUCGAGCACAAGCACCAGCACCAGCACCAGCACGAGCACCAGCACCAGCACGAGCACCAGCACCAGCAACGUCUUGUUGCUGAUCCCCCGCCUAUCGACCCUACAAGCUUCAACCGAUCCAUCUCUCUCUCUCUCUCUCUCUCUCUCUCUCUCUCUCUCUCUCACACACACACACAAUAUGAGCCGCUCAUCCGGCCUGCCUUUUACCUCUU